UCUGGUGCUUAGAAGGCCCUCGUUUCUUCUCAAGAAAUCAUGUCCGGACGCGGUAAGCAGGGCGGCAAGGCGCGCGCCAAGGCCAAGACGCGCUCCUCGCGGGCCGGGCUGCAGUUCCCCGUGGGCCGCGUGCACCGGCUGCUCCGCAAGGGCAACUACGCCGAGCGCGUCGGCGCGGGCGCGCCCGUGUACCUGGCGGCGGUGCUGGAGUACCUGACGGCCGAGAUCCUGGAGCUGGCGGGCAACGCGGCGCGCGACAACAAGAAGACGCGCAUCAUCCCGCGCCACCUGCAGCUGGCCAUCCGCAACGACGAGGAGCUCAACAAGCUGCUGGGCAAGGUGACCAUCGCGCAGGGCGGCGUGCUGCCCAACAUCCAGGCCGUGCUGCUGCCCAAGAAGACCGAGAGCCACCACAAGGCCAAGGGCAAGUAAGACCCUGCAUUCCUUUGGCAAGAACGCAAACAACUAAACCAAAGGCUCUUUUCAGAGCCACCCACCUUCUCUCUGAAAGCGCUGGCACUGUCCCUAUCCGA